AUGGCGGACGUUCUCGCAGUGGCUGGCCUUGCCUACCCUAUUGCUAAAGACCUUCUCAAGCUUGCGAAGAAGUUAGCAAGGCUGCAUAGGCAAAUCCGCAAUGCGAAAAACGAUCUAACCAGUGUGAUCAAAAGAACAACAUCGGUGGCCCGAACGUACGACUUCUUCAGGGACACUAUGAAAGUUGCAAGGAAAAUUCAAGAGCUAGCGUCCAUGUUCAACCGGCAUCAACAGCUCAUGGAGAGUAUUGAUGAGGAAUCAAUACGAACCAUUCGAAGGCUGAAGCAUAUUACCAGCAGGUUCCGCUCUCUCAUAGAUGGUGAACCUAUCAGUACGGUUGAUAGAUGGAUUGCACAGUUUGAAUGGUCUAGAGUGAGCAGGAAAACUGUCCCCUCCCUUUUCCAGGAUAUGGAGGUACUAGAGAGGUCUAUGAGAACUAUCGGAACCCUGGUGCACAUUCAGUUGCUUUCCCAAAUACGGCAAAGGGAUGGAUCGGAUGUAAUUGUGGCACAACUUGGAUCUUUCCAGAAAAUGCUGGGUAUCGAAUUUGACAAGCUUCAGCAAGCGCAACGGGCCCAAAAGACGCUCAUGAUGCAGCAACAAACCUCACCGGGUCAACAUCUUGAGGCCAGGGAUUUUGCCCAAAAAAUAAUGCAGAUUUUGGAAAAGGAGAUUCCUCGACUGCAAAUUCAGCAGCCCGCUGAAGGCCGGUCCAUGUCUAAUUUGCGGUCACCACCAACCUCACCGAUAUCAAACAAGCCUUCACCCAUUACAACUCGCUCACCCCCUACCCCUAGUAGCUCUGGGAGCCAGACGUCUGUCUCCAAGUUGCAGCAGGACGAGAAUGUCUCAUCACCCGGGAAGCGGAUUCCGCGACAAAGAAGCACCCAGUCAGCCCCUUCACGAAUCCCUUCGAGAUCGUCGCCCCCUUCUCUGUUUUUAAGUGACGGAGGAUCCGACAGCCAUGAUGAUCUAGGCGCUAAGUCAGAAACGCCUUAUCAAAACGCAGGCCAAGAUCAGGGAGGUGCAUAUAUGCAGAUGCCACCUUUUGGACCACCAAAACUGGUUGCUCGCACCAACAUACAAUGCAUCGAGGUGGCUCUCAUCCACCUCGAAGACGGCGGAACAACAGCAAAAUAUCUGAAUAUGGCGACGGAGGUGAGGUAA